AUGUCCGAAGGCAUGUGCUACCGCCCCGCAAUCGACUAUGUCGCCAGCAUCCCCUUCGCCCAGCUUCCCUUCCGUUCAAUCCUGGUCGUCAUCGCUGUCUUCCUCAUCUGCAUGGCGGUUACGGGACACAUAAUGCAUUUCCUGCUCUGGCACUACCUAUCCAAUAAAAUCUCCGUCGCCAGAUCCCAGAGUAUCACGAAGCCCGUGGAAGCGAUGGAGAAGAAAGUCGAGACGAUCGAGAAGAAAGCAGAGAUGCUGCUCGCUCACACUGGUAGAGCGAACCAAUGGCUUGUACAAUUGGGAAGGAACCAGGAGCAGAUGGUGAGGGCGUUGAAAGCGCAGUACGAGAUGGCGCAGGCGCAGAUCAAAGCGCAGGCGCAGAUCAAGAACGAGAGAGCGGUUGUGGGGCAUAUUCCGAUGCAAGACAGUGUAUCGUCUGAUCAAAGUCAAGCUUUCCAAGAAAGCAUCCGCAUCAUGCUACAAUUCCAGAUGGAUGUUCUGGAGACCGAAAUGUCCUGGUGCAACGCCGUGUUCGACAUUGAGGCAGAGGGGAGUUUGAGAGUCGGCGUCCAGUGUGAUGAAAUGACCGAGGAGGAUGGAAAUGAGAUGGAGAACAGCAUCGAGAUCGGCAGCAGCCACGGGCCCGGCACCUUCAAUAAGCCAGACAAGAGCAAACCGACGGAGGAGAGCACUGAGGCCGCAGAGAUGACAGAGAAUAGUGCUGAGUUGAACGACUGGGACGAUUUCUCGGAUCGCGACUUGAUUGAGGAUGAUGAGUCAACCGGAGAUGUGGAGGCAGCAGAUGAGGAGAGGGUAUCAGCAGAUGGCUCGGAGACAGCAGAGAGGCCCAAAUUCUGCUUCGAUCGACUCAUCACUGCCUUGGAGUCCGCAGCUUACCCUCGUGAGAAUCGAUCUGCCGGCGACACGGGGAAGGACUUGAUAAAGAAGGAGCCGGGAAUAGAGUCGUCGGAUCCAGAGGUCACGCUGUGGACCAGAAUGUCCAGGAAGCCUGUCGAACGUCCUCCACAGUGCCGACCUGAUUUGCCUGUUUUCCAGUACGCGAUAGAACAUGGCAGUGCGAGAAAAUGUGGCAGAGAUUGUAGCAUGUGGGAUGAGUGUGGCAUGCCGGGAGACUGUAGCGGCUGGGUAGAUUACAUGCUGAGACUGAGAGCUCGGUAUCCUUGGGAGGAAGGGCAGACCUCCGAGUGCCAGAAUGAAGCGUAUGAUAGAUGA